GCAGACUUCACGCCAAUCCACGCAUCCCCGAAGAGCCCUUUUGUUGACAUCGACGCCCUCGCCGACUUGGAAGUUACCCCCCAGGAAAGCGACAAGGACAAGAAGAAGAGAGAGGAGAAGUGCGAAGAAUUGAAGGAGUGGGGCGGCAAAGCUUCCCUGGCCACUUUGCUGUCGCUGACGACGUGCAAGGAGAAGUUUGUCCUGGCUUUGGGAUUUCUCGGUGCGUUUGCGCACGGCGCCGGGCAACCCGCGAUGAUUCUCAUGUGGGGAGACUUGAUCGAUGGCCUUGGCACAUCGGUUUCCGCCGAUUUCGAUGCCCAAUCCUUCGAGAACAUCACCACAGAGCAGCUUCAGGCCUUGCAUGCCGCGGCCAACGACCAGAUGAUGGAAAGCGUUGGCGAAAUCGCUCUCAAGUUUGUUGUGAUUGGAUGCUGCGUUUGCGGCGCAGCUGCUCUGCAGGGCUUCGCGUUUCCAUGGUUUGUGGACAGCCAGCUGGCGAAGAUGCGAACGCUGUAUUUCGACGCGAUGUUGCAUCGGGACGUCGGCUGGUUUGACACCCACUCGCCGGGAGCGCUUCCAGGGGAGAUGAGCGCGGAUCUGGAAACGUUCGCCGAAGGUUUCGGAUCGAAACUCGGCGUCAGCGUCAUGGCCUUCGCCGGGGUGUGCAUCGGGCUGGGAAUUGGUUUCUUUCUGUCAUGGGAGAUUGCGCUGCUGAUGUUGGUCACGCUGCCGCUCAUGGCGGUUGGCGGCGUCGUCAUGUCCAGUGCCGUUUUGGACGCCAGGCGUGAGGUGCAGGGCCACUACGAGAAGGCCGCGGCGUUGGCGGAUGAGGUGCUGUAUGCGAUUCGGACAGUUGAAUACAGGCGGUGUGCCUGCGCACUCCAAUUCUUCAUGAUCGGCUGCGUUCUUGUCUAUCUGGCCCAGCGAAGCUUAGAAAUCAUCAGCUCUGCUGAAGAUCCCCCUGUGGAUGUGAGUACAGAGACCCUGAAGCACUUUGGUGAGUGGGCCGUCUGCGCACACCCGAAUCCACCAACCUCCGGGCGAGCAAUUGACAGCAUUGGGAUCGGAAUCCCGGAGACGUACACAGGCGCGGAAGACUUGCUAUGGCUUUUGGAGCAGCAGCCGCUUAGUGCGAAGUCCACCCAGCUGGUCUCUCAGGUGAAGAGGCAAAUCAUCCCAUUCUCUGGCUUUGAACUGAACUGCGUAGUUGUGGAUCUUUUGAAUGCAGACCUCCGGAUCCCGUCCACGGUCAGCAUUUGCACGCAACCUCUGCCUUUCACGAUCGACUGGCUUAUGCUCAACAGCGAGACGGGCUGGCGCUACGUGACCGAGCUUCGGAGCGAUGAGUAUCCCAUGGUGAGCUAUUCGGUGGCCAAGCACGGGUGGAGUUCUGGCUUCACCUCCCAGGCCAGUCAGAUCCUGACGACUUCCGUAACUGUCCGGGAGUCUGGCGGAGAAGCGCCUUGCACCUGGAGGCACUUCACGGGCUCCCCGCCAAGCCUUGGAAAGCCGGUGGCUGCAACCAUCCUCUUUAAGGAUCCGGUGGUUUCUAGGCCGCUCCGCCCAGGUGUCUUUCCUCAGUUUUUUGAUCUCUUCACGAGUAUGGGCGGCUUUCUGUCCAUGACGGCGCUGGUCUUUGCGGCUGUCUUUGUGAAGCGCUUUCCGCAAAGCGACAUCGCCGUUGUUUUCGAGCAGCGGACUCUCUUCGGCAAGCAGGCGGCCGGAAAUCCAGACUCCGUAGACUCCGACGCUGUGGAGGAGGAGAGACAGGACAACCAAGUGCAAGACAAGAUGGAGAUGGUGAGCAUGUGA